AUGUUUUUCUCCGAGGCCGGGGCCAGACCGCGGACGUGGGAAGCCAGCCCUUCGGAACACAGGAAGUGGGUGGAAGUAUUUAAAGCAUGUGAUGAAGAUAACAAAGGCUAUCUAAGCAGAGAGGACUUUAAAGUUGCUGUUGUAAUGCUGUUUGGGUACAAGCCCUCCAAGAUAGAAGUGGAUUCUUUGAUGUCUUCAAUAAAUCCAAGCGCUUCUGGUAUAUCACUUGAGGGUUUUUUAAAUAUCAUAAGGAAAAAGAAGGAAGCUCAACUCUAUCGGAAUGAAAUAAGACACAUCUUUACAGCUUUUGACGUACACUAUCGUGGAUUUUUAACUUUGGAAGAUUUCAAAAAAGCAUUUAGGCAGGUGGCUCCCAAAUUACCAGAAAGGACUAUCCUUGAAGUAUUCAGGGAAGUAGAUCAAGACUCAGAUGGUCACGUCAGCUUUAGAGACUUCGAAUAUGCCAUGAAGUAUGGACAAAAGGAAGCUUAA